UUUACAAGCUUCAAUCCCAAAUGGCACCCUAUUUCCCUGUGUAGUGCCCUGUAUAGAGAAUAGAGUGCCAUUUGUGAUACAUCUCAAUAGUCUCCUUCUUAUUGGUGGUUUGAGCCUUGAAACAUCCUGCCACCUGCUGUGGGCCACAAACAGAGAACAGAGAAGGACCAGGCUUAGACACAUCAGACCAACUACUCAACUACUACUCAGUCAGAAAGGUGAUCAUAAGUAAGUUAAUACUGUCAGCAAAAGUAAAUUAGAAUCAUAGAUAUUACAAUAAGAGGUCAGACAGACAGACUGCAGUUAGUUAAGAUGGUCGACUAUGUCAAUAAACAGGUUAUUGAAUUAAACAAGGUUAUUGAAGGAAACGAGAACAGAGCAACGAGGAGAGUAAAGACUGAGACCCAUCUCUCAGAUGGAAGAACAAGACUCUACAGGCUGGCUGCUGUGUGUUUUGGGAUGAUGUGUAUUCUACAAGUCAUUCUCAACAUCUCCCUAAAGCUAGCUUUCUGUACCGGAAGAGUGGUGGAACAGAGGGACAUGGGGGUCCCAACAAGGACUCUGUUAGGGUGUAUUGAAGGAUGGAGGCUGUCGGGAUCCAGCUGUUACUUCUUGUCUACUGAGAGGAAAACCUGGGAGGAGAGCAGACAAGACUGUCUGGAGAGAGGAGCAGACCUGGUGGUUGUAAACAGCAGAAAUGAACAGAAAUUCCUCACUGGAUUAAACAGGAAUAUUGAUAGUGUUUGGAUCGGUCUGACUGAUAGAGAGACAGAGGGGACCUGGAAAUGGGUGGAUGGUACACCACUGGCCACAAGGUACUGGGGGCGUAACCAGCCUGAUAAUGGUGUUGUUUUUGCAGUACACAUAGGAGAGGAGGACUGUGUUGAGAUUAAUUAUGGGUAUUCUGACCCAGUAAAUAAAUGGAAUGACAUAGCAUGUAACUCUCAAUUUAACUGGAUUUGUGAAAGGGUGAUAUAACAAACAAUAGCUUAUUAUGUACAGUAGCUCUGCAUGUAGGUCUCUCUCUCUUUCGCUCACUCUCUAUAUGGUUAGGGUUAGGCAUAAGAUUAGCAGUGUGGUUAGGGUUAGGUUUACAAUCAGAUUUGAAGAAGAUACAUUUUAGAAAUAGGCAGGGUUUCUGACUUUGCAAUUAGGCCAGAUAGUGACAAACGAGAAAUAGUGGUAUUACAGACUUGCCUAUGGGCUCUUUCUCAACUCACCUUUCCUCGAUUCCUCCUCACAUCCUCUCUCCUCUUCUCCUCAAAACACAUUGGAGAAUACAAUCCAAGGGGAGGGACCUUGGGCCUCCUCUUAUAGAGUUGAGGGUGAGGAGAAAAAGAGAGGAGAUGAAAUCAAAUUUAAAAAACGUGGAGUAGACGUUGAAUUUAUGUCUGUGCCCAGUGGGACUGUACUCUGUAAAAUUCUUGUAUUAAUUGAUUUUAUUAGGAAUGUGUCAUUCCAUAGGCUUAGGCACAGAAAGUAAAGUAAUAAAGGAGCAAUGUACUAGCAGGUGUACCAGCUUCAUGCUUGAAUGUGAUUGGUUCGUUAAAAUAGUGUGACAUGAACACAGACAGAGGGUAGAACAGUACUACAAAAAAAGUACUACAAAAAAGUACUACAAAAAAAGUAUGAAAAUGCAUGUCGCUUUGGAUAAGAGCAUCUGCUAAAUGAGUAAAAUGUCAAAUGUACUAAGAGGACACAGAUACACACAGCAUGCCGAACGCAGGCACGUACACAAGCAUGUAGGCAGGCACACACUUACACAUACACACAAGUGUGAAGUUCAGCAUACAGUAGAUAUAAACAUUAGGAAUCAGUUAGAAAGGUAAUCAUACAGUAGAUAUUAACAUUAGGAAUCAGUUAGAAAGGUAGUCAUACAGUAGAUAUUACCACUAGCAGUCUUUUUUUUCUUCUUAAAGGGGUGGAUCAGCUUAAUAUUGUGGAAAGAAUAUUGGUUCCAUCAAUGUAAUUG